AAAUAAAUGUGAAAAAGAUUAGGGCUAAAUCUCAUCCCUAGAUUCGGGUGGCGCAGGUCUUCACCUCGAAGAUUCUCACGGCACGCAUAAGCAGCAGCAGUAGGCUUCGUAAAAAGCGCCGCCUCUCUCCGGCGAACUCGCUCGCCGUGGAGAGUCGAUCUCAUAAUGGAUUACAGAAACAAGCACAUCCUCGCCCCAAUGGUCCGAGUGGGCACUCUCCCGCUUCGAUUACUGGCCGCAGAGUACGGCGCUGAUAUAACUUACGGCGAGGAGAUCAUCGAUCACAAGAUGAUCAAGUGCGAGCGCCGCGCCAAUGAAACCCUAGGCAGCGUCGAUUUCGUCGAGAGGGGGACCGGCAGCGUCGUAUUCAGGACUUGCGAUGAGGAGAAGGACCGGGUGGUGUUUCAGAUGGGUACUUCUGAUGCUGUUCGAGCUCUCGCGGCUGCUCAACUCGUUUGCAAAGAUGUCGCGGCCAUAGAUAUCAACAUGGGCUGUCCAAGAGCAUUCUCUCUUAGUGGAGGAAUGGGUGCUGCUUUACUCUCUAAACCAGAACUUAUUCAUGAUAUUUUGACGACAUUAAAGAGGAACUUGAACACACCAGUAACAUGUAAAAUUCGACUUCUCAAAUCAUCACGUGAUACAGUAGAACUUGCACAACAAAUUGAAAGGACUGGAGUCUCUGCUCUAGCUGUUCAUGGAAGGCUGGUUAAAGAUAGGCCAAGGGAUCCUGCAAAGUGGGGUGAGAUUGCUGAUGUUGCAGCAUCAUUAUCAAUUCCUGUUAUAGCUAAUGGUGAUGUUUUUGAUUAUGAAGAUUUUGAACGCAUCAAAGGUGCUACAGGUGCCACAUCUGUGAUGGUGGCUAGAGGUGCACUGUGGAAUGCUUCGAUUUUCUGUGCAAAAGGCAAGUCAUCUUGGUCGGAUGUCAAGAGAGAGUAUCUGCGAAAGAGCAUUUUGUGGGACAAUGAUGUUAAAAGCACAAAACACACUUUGAAGGAAAUGAUUAUGCACUAUUCGUCGCUUGAACUUGCAGAAGGAAAGGCUGUUAUUAAAUCUGAGACUGAUAUGGAUUUAGCGAUCUUCCUUCUGCUUCAGUCAACUAUAAUUCAUUGGACUUCUGCCAAAUGGCAUCUCAGGAUGUUACGUGGGGACUGUGGAGAUAUGAGAUACCAUCAUUUUUGCAGGGUAAAAUUAUGCCCUCUCACUGAUGUGAAAUUGGUGACAUGUCUCUGACGGUACCAUGCUAAUUCCAGGGGAUGGUAUGAGAUCUAGUUGAUUAUCCAUCUUUCACUAAUUUGGCAAGUAGAGAGUGUCAAUUUAUGAUUUUUUAGUAAGAAGGAAGAUUGAAAUUCUUCCUUAAACAGGACGGAUCAGAUCAAUUGUAAUUCAGUAUAAUUCAUGUUAUUUAACUUGCUUAAGUGUCAAUUUAUGAUUUUUUAGUAAGAAGAAAGAUUGAAAUUCUUCCUUAAACAGGACGGAUCAGAUCAAUUGUAAUUCAGUAUAAUUCAUGUUAUUUAACUUGCUUGAAGAUGAAAUUAUUUUCAGUUUGUACCACGUAACAUUAAGUGCUUUGAGAAUUUUUUUACGAA